CCGGGCAGAAAAAGACUAAUAUGACUAACGGAGCCUGGAUGCGUGGUACCUCCGUUCGGAUCUACGGGAAUGUAGAUUCCAGCAGUUCUGCAGCUCCACCAGCCUCUUGCCCGACACUGGAACUGCUGCUCACAAAGUAGAAUCCUGCUGCUCUUUGGUAGGAAGGAUAGAGAAAGAACAUGGCCUGCAUUCUGAAGAGAAAGUCCAUUGUUGCUGUGAGUUUCAUUGCUGCAUUCCUCUGUCUGAUCAUCGUUCGUCUCACAAAUGAAGUAACUUUCCCUUUGAUCCUAAACUGCUUUGGACAAACCAGAGUCAAGUGGAUCCCACUUUCUAAUGGCCAAAGGCAGCCUCUGAAAACUCAUUAUGGAUAUAUAAAUGUAAAAACACAAGAGCCUCUACAACUUGACUGUGACCUCUGUGCCAUUGUUUCAAACUCGGGACAGAUGGCUGGCCAGAGGGUGGGCACUGAGAUAGACAAGUCCUCCUGCAUAUGGAGGAUGAACAAUGCUCCCACAAAGGGCUAUGAGGAAGAUGUUGGGAAGAGGACAACUGUCAGAGUGGUCUCUCACACAAGCGUGCCUCUCCUGCUCAAGAAUCCGGAGUACUUUUUCAAGGAGACCAACAACACCAUUUACGUGAUCUGGGGUCCUUUUCGAAACAUGAGGAGGGAUGGAAAUGGCAUUGUGUACAACAUGCUGAAGAAGACUGUUGACAGCUACCCAACUGCCAAAAUCUACGUGACGACGGAGAAGCGCAUGAGUUACUGUGAUGCGAUAUUUAAGAAGGAGACAGGAAAAGACCGAGUCCAGUCAGGUUCGUAUCUCAGCACGGGUUGGUUCACCUUAAUUUUGGCUAUGGAUGCCUGCUAUGGAAUUCACGUCUAUGGGAUGAUAAAUGACACCUACUGCAAGUCAGAAGGCUUUCGUAAAGUUCCCUACCACUAUUACGAGCCAGGAAGAGAUGAAUGUGAGGAAUAUUUUCUCCAUGAAAAUGCUCCAUAUGGAGGCCACAGGUUUAUCACAGAAAAGAAAGUAUUUGCUAAGUGGGCCAAGAAGCACACAAUAAUAUUUACUCAUCCCAACUGGACAGUGUCUUGAUACUGGUUUACUUAACUCUCCCUUAACAGCAUAUUACAAAAAUGUCUCAGUUUACAAAAGUUUUGCUUACAUAUGGCUGGCCUUUCUCAGCCUAAGUAACACUAAACUAAAAACCAGAAGACAAGGAAGGUGGUGGUUCAGCUGUUAAGCAAAAUUAAUCAUCUGUGGAAGGCAGACACAUUGUUUGUUAUUUCUUAGGGUUUUAAUCCACACUAUGCACUUUAUACUUUAACUGGAUUUUAUUUCAAGGCAGGAGCAGUUAAAGACAGAUGAGAUUUCGUGUAUAUACAGGUGCACACAGGGAACAUGGUGGUCCUUUGAACAUUGUCCAUCAUCUCAGAUAUUUAAAAUUAUUUUUUGUAGCUCAUUUGCUGUACUGAAGCACUAGUUCCAUUUGUGGUAUCAGUAGAAAUUUUCAGCAAGAGAAAUGUGAGGAAAAAUACAGACCUCCAAGGUCCACGAGUGAAUAAAUUUUAAAAAACACCUGAAUAUAUUGAUAUACAAUAUAUUGUGAGCACUUGCAUAUAUGGUAAAAUUAGAGAUGAGCUAAGCAUGGUUCUUGAACUGUACCCAACUCUUGAGAGAAGGUAUUACCUGCUCAAGACUCCUGAUUAAUUCAUAACUUCUGAAAUGCAGCUUCCUUCCACCCUGGUCAGUCUGCACCAUCUGGGACUAUGUAGUUUGUGCUUUUUGAAGCUGUUGUCCCACAGUUCAGCUCCAACAGAAUGGCACUUGGCAAAAAAGAUUGUGUUUUGCUGCCCAUGAUGAAGCUUUGGCUGUUUUACCAAGCCUGUUGUCAGUACCCAAGCUGGUGAGUGUAAAGUUGUCUCAUGAAUAUCUCCAUUUACUCCAGCUGUGCAUUUGACUUGCUCCAACAUCCAAAUAACAGUAUUUUGACAGUAUUUCCCAUGCAGCCAUCAUAAUUUAUUUUAGAUCUCCAGUUUCUCCAUCUUUAAAAACAAGGAUAGUGUCUAUCUACCUCACAAGGGAGUUGUGAGGACUAAUUUAAUUUAAUUUAAAGCACUUUCCUGAUGCAGAAUGCUCCAUAUCAUUUAUUCUUAUCACAAAAACAAUGGUACCUGUCAUUUAUUCUUGUCUGUUGGGUAUUUGAAGAAAGUGACAGUGUGUCUGGCUAUGAUGGCAAAUUGUUCUGUGCAUCCGCUUUCCUACUGAGGAUAAUUUGCAAUACUGAGUUCUAUCAGCUUGCGUUGCUUCAGAUGAAGUUGAAAGAACUCCCCAUCUCACAGUAUUACCUGCACAUUAAAAGGCAGUUCAAGAAUCUUAAAAUAUACUCAUCUCUAGUUUAAGUAUGUAUUUUCAAGCUUACUGUCAUGGAAAGUUUUCAACUGCAGCAGACUCAUUUGUGAUAUGACCAUAAGUCAACUACACAUGUGAGUUUUAUUUAAACUGUAUUUAAACUAAUGCUUUAAGUUUAGAAUGUGUCCUAUGAAUAUCUUAACAUCUGGAAUGUCAGACUCAACACUGUAAUAGCCAAUACUGUGAACACUUGAAGGAAUUAUGUGUGGAACAUGUCACACAGGGUUUACUCACACUACUUAAACAUUAACCAACAGGAAACUUUGUAUGCUUUUGUAAAUCAAGAAAAGGGGAAAGUAAAAAGCUAUUUUUACAUGUAAGUAUUUGUAUACUGACUAUUUCCUAUUGUAUAUUUGUAUAUAUAGAUCUAUAUUUUAUAUGUUCAUUGCAUAUAUAUUCUUCAUCAACAGCUCCAACUCAUAGGAUAGGGAGGAAAUCUCUUCACCAGUAUUCCUCCUCCUGAUCAUUGGUUUCUUGUUCCUGUUGGUAGGUGAUUCCAGGGUAUCAUCUCUGUUGCCCCUUCUAUUUUCUACCAGAAAUGAAGUUCUCUGAUUUUAUUUUUUAAUAUAGCUCAGCUUUCACUGGUUACUUUAGGUUCUCAUCCUGGGUGUCAGAUAUAGGCUGGGGACAUGCUUAUGAUCUUGGAUAACCAUCUAUAUUCAAACACAGGCUUUGUCACAGGUUUCUGACAUAACCUUCCUGUUUGGAAAAGGAGAACAAUAGUAUUUUCCUACUUCCUUUCUUGACUGACUUUUUUGAAAGCUGUUGAGAUCAAUAUUCCCAUUUUCAAUUUAUUUGUAUAAUGCUUUGAAGAAAAGGUACCCAAAGCGUCUGAAAAUUACAGGCAAUGCUGUGAUACACAAGUAAUUAAAAUUGGCUGUUUCUUGUCCAUGGAGUUUAAAAUCAGUUGUAGACUGAUACAACGUGGGAUGAAAUCAAAAGGGGAAAAAGGGUCAUGGUUGGAUGAAGAGCUGUAGUAACAAAACCAGAUUUAUCACCAUAUGCAUCUUUUCAGUUCAGAUGGGUGGCUGGAUGUAUGGAAUGCUAAUAAAAAAUUGUAAGGCAGGAUUUGAAACAUGCAGGACAUGCAGAAUUAGGGAGAAUGUUACACACAUAUUUUACAGGACAGCCUGGGAAAUCUAAUCAUUCCCUUUAGAGAAGAGGAACUGAGAAGAAGAACAUCAGCCAAUUGAACUUCUAUUUAGAAGGUUUAUGGGUUAAUAGAAAACUAUUAUGAAAGUGCUGCACAUGGAAAUUGUUUGGGUGGGACAGACUCACAUGGAAGUGUCCUCAUGAAGCAGUGUUUCUCCCCACGAGUGUUUCUCCCCAGUCAGCAUAAGGGCUCUGCCUGAGUUGUGUUCAGCUGCAAGGUGCUUUUUAAGCCUGUGAAAGUUUUUAAGGUAGUACUUGCCAGUUCACCAUAAAUGUGUUGUAAAAUAUGUGCUUCAUUCUGAAGUUCUUUGAAGAGUGCUUGCAUGCUACAUGAAACACUUUCAUAAAGAAUAGCUAAGAAAAAUACAGCUCUAAGAACAUCUAAACGUACACAAAAUUGAGAACACAAUUAGAGUUCAGGUGUCACAGAGCAAAGUAAGUGUUGCUCUCUGCCUGGAUUUGCAGUAAGAGCCAAUCUACUUCAGAAACAUUGCAGCAGAAACAUUCAUAUGAGAGAAAAUAAACAUCAGUUCUCUUAUUUAAAUGAGCCUGUCUUUAGCAUAAGUUAAAUGCAUAUUUACAGGGUUUUUAUUAUAUGAGUAACUGUGACCACUGCAUUAAAGAUGAUUCUACAAAGAAAUUACUUGCUUGAAAUCUGUUAGAAACCAGCUGUGGUACUAAAGAAAGAAUGUCAGUACUUGGAUGUGUAUAAGGGAUCUUGCUGGUUCACCUGAGAGCAGUUAAGAAAUCAGCUGAGAAUCACUUAUUAAUUCUUUAAGAUAAAACUACUACAGUUUACCUGAAUGUAAUCAUAUCCUAAUUGCUUAUUCAUUCAAGCAGUCCUAUUUUAAUCAGCUACUCAUGAGUAUAAAACAAGCAGGGAGUUUACCUGAGGUUUUCAAAAUGCAUUUUCAUGUUGCUGCUAAUAGAGGAAUGCUCAAAAAUAGUUUGGCCUUUUUUUUUGCCGUU